UUCUAAUUAACUGAUUGUAAUUAUCUCAUGUUAAAGUGAAUGUUUGUUUGUGCAUAAGACAGGGCGACCUACGUGUUUCAGGGUCGGUGAUCCAUGAUCUUCGUUAAAUAUUUCAUUUCAUCGCAGCUCACAUCGUUAAUUGAUUGUUCCCUAUUUUACAGAGGAAAUGGCUUUUAAUCAAUCAUUGAACUUUCCUCACCUUUCUUCACUUUUCAUUUCGACUUUAUAUCAAACAUUCUACUGGUGAGUAGAAAAUAUAUCUACAUUACAUCUGUUCCACACGUGUAAACGGAGGUCUAUGAUAUCUUAAGACAAGAAACUGAACCGUAAUUAACCCACAGGCAUUUGUCAGUUUGUUUGUUUUUAAGAAUUCAUCAAGGAUUAAUAUGGAGAACGUUAAUCACUUGGACAAUUCUAAGACGAAACACAAAAAAUUACAUAACUGUGAUAUAUGUGACAAAUCUUUUGCUUCAAACAGUGUUUUAAGAAUCCAUACAAGGAUCCACACCGGAGAGAAACCGUUUCACUGUGACAUAUGUGGGAAAUCUUUUGUUAAUAAUUCUCAUCUUGUAGUUCACAAACGUAGUCAUACGGGCGAAAAACCCUACAAUUGUGAAAUAUGUGGAAAAUAUUUUGUCAAUAAUAGUGAUUUAACAAAGCAUAAAAGAAUCCACACUGGAGAGAAACCCUAUCACUGUGAAAUAUGUGGGAAAAAAUUCGUGCAUAGCAGUGUCUUGACAACACACAAGAGGAUACACACCGGAGAAAAACCUUGUCGUUGUGAUGUAUGCGGCAAGUCUUUCACACGAACUUCUCGUCUUGUUAUUCAUAAUCGUAUUCACACUGGAGAAAAACCUUAUCACUGUGAAAUAUGUGGCAAGUCUUUUUCUGAUAAUUCCAAUCUUGUUAUCCACAUUCGUAGUCACACCGGGGAAAAGCCAUUCCACUGUGAAACUUGUGGGAAAUCGUUUAUUACUAACAGUGAUUUAAACAGACACAAGAGAAUACACACGGGAGAGAAACCGUUUCAUUGCGAGAUAUGUGGCAAGUCUUUUCUCUCGAACAGUGACCUAAUAAAGCAUAAAAGAAUACACACUGGAGAGAAACCUUUUCCAUGUGAAAUGUGUGGUAAAUAUUUUGUAAAUAAUUCUUGUCUUGCUGUUCACAAAAGAAUACAUACUGGAGAAAAAACUUAUCAUUGUGAAAUAUGUGGAAAAUCUUUUGUGUCUAAUAGUGAUUUAACUAAACAUAAAAGAAUACAUACGGGAGAGAAACCCUACCAUUGUGAGAUAUGUGGGAAGUCUUUCUCUGUUAAUUCCAGUCUAAUAGUUCACAAACGUAGUCACACUGGAGAAAGACCAUAUCAUUGUGAACUAUGUGAGAAAUCUUUUAUCACUAAUGCUCUCUUAAAAACACACCAACAGACACAUACUGGAGGGAAGCCUUUUAACUGUGAAAUGUGAAGAAAAAAACUUUUCAUUGAAAUACAAACUCUUUAUCUGCUAACAUGUACAUCUAUCAAUGGUGUGAGUCACAACUUGUCAUUAUUACUGAAUGUCUGCUUUCCAUGCUGGUGUGGGUUUGGUCAGUGUGACAGGAUCCAGUGAGCUGCAAGCAUAUGUUAAAUGCAUUGUGCUCCAUGUAAGCAUUAGGAAGGCUAGCCAGCUGUAAAAACCAUGCCAAAGCAGGCAGGGGAGCUUGGCACAGCUUAUCAGUUCGUGUCAAACCAUUCAACUGAUGCUGCUAUGGAAGAAGGGUCCUUCGAUGAUCAUUGCCAUCAUCAAAUGAGCAUCUUCCAUGCUGGUAUGGGUUGGAUAAUUUGACAAUCCAGUGAGUCCAAGGAUUGCAUCAUGCUCCAAUGUCAGCUUUGGUAUGGUUUCUACGACUGGAUGCCCUUCCUAAUGCCAACCAUUUUGUAGAGUAUGUAGUGGGAACUUUGAGUUAUUUGUCAUAGCAAAUUAUAUAUUUUUUUUUUUUAGAUUAUUAAUAAUCUUUAGACACAAAUCUCAAAAUCCAAAUCUGUUUUUCUCUAAGAUGCACCAUUUCAGAGCUUUUCCAUGAUAUACAUACAUACAUACACUCAUUUAUAUAGUAGACAUGUUUGUGUGUGUGUGUAUGAGGGGUACUGAAUAGUUCCUCAUUUUGAGUAAAAGAAAAUAGAGAAGGAUCAGUUAAUUAUGAUUUUAUUAAAUGUAUUCCCCCUCUCAGAUUCACACACUUAUUGCCGUGAUCCUUCGGUCUUUC